AUGAAGGUAAUAGCUGCCUACCUGCUUGCUGUUCUGGGUGGAAACACUUCCCCGACUGCUGAUGAUGUUAAAAACAUUCUGGAAUCAGUUGGUGCUGAAGCUGAUGAAGAGAAACUGGAGUUCCUGCUCACAGAACUCAAAGACAGGGACAUAACAGAAGUGAUUGCAGCCGGUAGGGAAAGGUUAUCCUCCGUGACUUCAGGUGGUGGUGCAAUUGCCAUUGGAGCUCCGGCUGAUGCAGCUGGUGGUGGUGCAGCACCGGCUGAAGAGGCAAAGAAGGAGGAGAAGGUUGAAGAGAAGGAAGAGUCUGAUGAAGAUAUGGGCUUCAGCUUGUUCGAUUAA